UGGGUUCCUUUCUUUAUUUGGUACUUCUGAUGGCUCGGAGGACCCGGAAGUCGCGUCUCUUUCUCCUUCCCUUGUAAGCCGGUGGUAAGAUGGCGGCAACCGUGGACUGCGAUGUGAUGAUGGCGCCAGUGGAACCGGAGAGAAACGCGGAUGAGCUGGAAAGGGAGGCCGAGAUGUACAAGGAGAAGGGAAAUGCAUUCUAUGCCCAGAAGGACUACAAUGAAGCUUACAACUACUAUACUAAGGCCAUAGAUUGUUCCUUCAAGAAUGCCAGUUACUAUGGCAACCGAGCAGCCACCUUGAUGAUGCUAUUGAAGUUUCGGGAGGCACUGGAGGAUGCUCAACAAGCAGUGCGGCUUGAUGACACCUUUGUGAAGGGUCAUCAACGUGAGGGAAAGUGUCACUUGACUCUGGGAAAUGCUAUGGCUGCCACACGCAGUUUCCAAAAGGUGAUGGAACUGGAGCCAAAUAAUGAGCUUACGCGGCAGGAGUUGAAGAACGCAGCUGCUGUCCUAGAAUAUGAGAGGAUUGCAGAAGCUGACUUUGAAAAACGGGAUUUCAGGAAGGUUGUGUUUUGCAUGGAUCGAGCCUUAGAGCUGGCCCCCGCCUGUCACCGCUUCAAAAUUCUCAAAGCAGAAUGUCUGGCGCUACUUGGCCGCUACCCAGAUGCCCAAUCCGUUGCCAGUGACCUCUUACGGUUGGACUCUACAAAUGCAGACGCACUGUACGUGCGAGGGCUCUGUCUGUAUUAUGAAGACUGUAUCGAGAAGGCUGUACAGUUCUUUGUGCAGGCCUUAAAAAUGUUCCCAGAUCACCAGAAAGCUCGGUUAGCCUGCAGGAAUGCAAAGGCUUUAAAGGCCAAAAAGGAUGAAGGCAACCAAGCAUUUAAAGACAGCAAUUAUGAACUGGCCUACAGACUGUACACAGAAGCACUCAGCAUAGACCCCAACAAUAUCAAAACAAAUGCCAAAUUAUACUGUAAUCGUGGCACUGUCAAUGCAAAGCUCAAAAAACUGGACGAGGCUAUAGAGGAUUGUACAAAUGCGAUAAAGCUGGAUGAAACGUACAUCAAGGCAUACUUACGGAGGGCACAAUGUUAUACAGACACAGAGCAGUAUGAAGAAGCAGUUAGAGAUUAUGAAAAGGUUUACCAGACAGAAAACACAAAAGAACACAAGCAGUUCCUUAAGAACGCACAACUGGAAUUAAAGAAGAGCAAGCGGAAAGAUUACUACAAGAUACUAGGGGUGGACAAGAAUGCAUCAGAAGAUGAGAUCAAGAAAGCUUACAGGAAACGAGCUUUAAUGCAUCAUCCAGACAGACACAGUGCUGCUACAACAGAAGUUCAGAAAGAGGAGGAAAAGAAAUUCAAAGAGGUGGGCGAGGCCUUUACAAUCUUGUCCGAUCCAAAAAAGAAAGCUCGCUACGAUAGCGGGCAGGACUUAGAGGAGGAUGGAAUGAACAUGGGAGAUUUUGAUGCCAAUAAUAUAUUUAAGGCAUUCUUCAGUAGUCCAGGAGGUUUCAGCUUCGAAGCUUCCGGACCUGGAAAUUUCUUCUUCCAAUUUGGGUAACAAACCCACUCUUCCUGCCUGCAACUCCAUUUGCCCAACAUCCUAUGUCCCUACUGCUCCCUCAUCUCCCAUCUCUGUUCAAGUGUUUUAACCCAGAAUAAGGACAUUAUUUAAACAGACUUUCAAUGGCAUCUUUAUGUCUCUGUUUAUUAGAGAAUGUGUGUUCUUUUGUUUUUUUUUAAUUAAUAUUAUUUUGACUCCCUCUCGGUUUAAAUAACUUUCCAUGUGCUGACGUGUGAAGGAAAUUCUGAACGCGGCAUGAACUAAAAUCUGAAAUAAAAUGUAAGAUCCUGACAAAUCUUGGGUAGAACAUUUGUUGCUGCUACAAAUCUUGUUUGGGGUGCUUAUAUGGAAGGGGAAUUCACUAUUUUGUUCCUGCACCCUGAAAGUCUUUUUUCUGGACAGAUACACUCAAUUCUCUGGAACUUUCCAUUCUCACGCUUCAGAACCAUGCAUGCUCGGAGACCGGUAUCAGCACCCACACAUGUGUGGCCUAAUCUCUACUUAGUUCAUCAAAUCUGGAAACAUAGUACAGCGUAGCAGAACUGUAUUUUCAACUGUUCCAACUCCCCAACGGAGCAGAUCUAAAUGAGAUCACUGGAAUAUUGUGAGUGUCACACUUUAAGUUGACGAUUUCUGUACAUGUUUGCUCUUUACCCAUUUCCCACAACUCCUUUACCAUUUAGUCUAAUGGACUUGUUGCCCUGUUGGAACAUUUUAUGCUGGGUAUGGCAGAGAAUUGAUGAUCAAACUGGAUUCUUUACAUUUUUAUCUGGCUUAGAUCUUGUUUUUUUAUUGUGUAAUCUGUAUAAACGAAACAUUGUAACUGGAUUGGCUACAAAAAAAAAACAAAAGCGCAGUAUUCCUUGUACAUCGAGAUGCCAUUUAUUGGAUGGAGUGGUGUAGUACAUGCGGGUUACAAUAUGCCAUCUAAUUAGAAAUUCAGUGCAAACAACAAAUAACAAGCAAGUCAAUGCAGUUGAUGCCAUAAAAACUUGUAAUGUUGUCCAUUAAAAGUUCCCUUCAGUGCAAAGUAACCAUUGUAAAUAUGAAGGAUUUCAAUAAAACCAUAUAAAACCAC